AUGAAUUUACAAACUGAGCCUGUAGAACCUCCUUUGAGGGUUUUGGUUGUGAACCCUCUGUCGUCCGGAUCAAAGCUGGCGGUUACGGAAAUAUUACUCGGAACUGUCUUUGGAACUGAUCGCUACAUUGAUCUAAUCCUUUUGGUAUAUUCAAAUGAAAUACCUCUGGCUGAAGAAUUCAAAAUAGAGUUGAGAGCAUGUGCUUUUUCCAAUUGUAAUUCUAUUCAAGUGUCAUCUGAUUUGCCCAGUCUUUCAGAUGCCGACGUUUUCACAUUUAUCACCAACUUUCCCAAUCCGAAUAGAAUUGAUUUUACUAAUAUAGAAAGAGAGGAAUACUUCGAUACAUUGUACCUUAUUUUAAAAAUUGCAUAUAAUCUAACCACUCAGUUACCAGUAAAAGAGUUGGUUGAACAUAAGAAGAAAAUAACUGAAAAGAAAACGCAUAAACCAAUAAUUGUUGCUGAUGGCUUGGUUACGUUACAUAUUUUAAGUGCGAUAUGUAAAGACCUUCCCCCUGAUAUAGUUUUUUGUCCUUCUCCUGUGCCUGUUGCUGCUAUAUUUGUUUUAGCCGAUUAUCUGAAGGUUGAAACUCGUAAAUUUAAUCAUGUAUACGCAUGGGCCGCAGACGAUGAAGUGUUCCAUUUUGAAAUAGAAAAGCCUUUAAUAUUAGACGAUACGAUGGAAGUUACAGGUAAAUGUGGAAAGGAAUUAGUUGGAAAUGAAAUGCUGGAAACAUUUAACUUUGAUUAUUUACAACUGAACGAUGCGUGGCUCAAAACGGAAUUAGUUGAAAAAGUAACUUCAUUUUUGGAAAAAAAUCCAUAUGGGAGCAUUUAUAGAGCCUCAGAAAUGGUGAAGACUCUUUCUUCAAUUUGGCAAUCACGUAAAAAACCCGGUCAUAAGGUGUACGUAAACGUGGGCGUAAUUAGCGAUGGUUCUCUUGGAACAAGUAAAGGUUAUCCAUGUGUACUACCAGUGAUUUUUGAAGGAGAUAGUUGGUCUGUGAAUAAAUAUUUCGAACGAGAUUCAUUCUUACUCCAAGAAAUAAAUAGGAUUAACAAAACGACAAAGGCGCAUAGAGAGAAGUUGAUUCCAUACUGCAAGAAAUUCUUGGAAGAUAACGUGAUUCAGCAAAACUUGAUGGCAACUGAAGAAGAAGCGACUACUAUUUCGAUUGUGUCGACAAACUUCUAA